UGUAUUACUUCACCAUAACUUUAUGCUCAGACUUCCUUUGGGAAGUUCACUGCUGACGGGUAUACAAGGAAAUGAGAACUGCAAAUAAAGAUACCUAUAUAUAUACUUCUAAAAGUAAACCGCAACGAAGUACAGGAAAUUUCUAACUUGUAAGAUCACAAUAUAUGUUCUGUACUUCCUUAUGAAACAAUGAAGUCUUCUGACAUGAGCUACCAUUACUCAAUCAAGCAUAUCAUUGAAUUUCUCACAGUGACACUGUAUAUUGCAUCACCAAUAAAAGCCUUUGGAUAUGCCAAAUGUUUUUUGACCUAUAAGAACAGAGGAUAUGCAAACUGCAUAGGACAAGGUGUUAUAAAUCUAACAGAAUCUAUUCAGCAUCUUUCAAAUCAAACUUUAUCGUUAAAUGUAUCACACAAUUAUAUUAAUGUAGUAGAGCACAAAGCUUUUUCCCACUUGCCCAAACUUCUAGAGCUUCAGCUGAACAGAAAUAAAAUUAGCACAAUCUGUUCUGGAGCUUUUUACAAUCUAGACUCUCUUUACUAUCUGGACCUCAGCAAUAAUUUAUUACAGUCAUUAAAAACUGUGGACAUGAAGCACUUGACAAGCCUUCAAAUUCUUUACCUUAGCAAUAAUAAGUUAAGCACAUUUGAAAAUUUACGUUUUAAUCCCUUAAACGUUUUACAAGAACUUGAUCUGUCUUUCAAUCAAAUUUCAGACUUUACAUCUGUGGCUGAAACAGUGAAACAAUUGAACCAUUUGCACAAUCUCAAUAUGAGCUCCAAUUCAAUAGCCGAUUUACAAAGUAAACAAACUAUGUUGGUUCUAUCAUCGCUGAACAUUUUAGACCUAAGCAAUAAUGUAAUAUCAGUAUUAGAUCUUAGUCAACUGUAUAUGCCUAAUCUAACAGGCCUCUAUGUGAUGAGAAAUAAUCUGAGUUCAAUAAAUGGAAGUACUUUUAUUAAUGCACCCAACUUGUCAGAUAUUAACUUUGAUGAAAACCCUUUAAAUAUAUCAGUACUUCUUAAAAUUGAAAUCCCCAACUUGACUGGACUCCACUGGUCAAGCAUGAGACCUGCACUCGACUAUGACUUAUCUAUUGCUUGCCAGGUUUUUCAGUCCUUUCCCAAAUUAAGGAUGCUGGACAUCAAACAUUCAAAGAUCUCUGUUUCAAAACUGCACAUCAUCGGUGGAUGCACUAACCUAACUUCACUUAUUCUUUCAACAAGUCCGCUUGAAAAAUUAGUAAACACAGAACUUCAGGCUUUUAAAUACCUUGAGGUUUUAUAUCUUGACAAGUGUAAACUCAAAAUGAUUCAUAAUACUACAUGGAUUGGUUUAAACUUUCUUCAAACCUUAGUACUUCAAAGAAAUGCCCUAUCAAGCUUACCAAAUUUCUUGUUUAGUCCUUUAAUCAAUCUUCGGUAUUUAGACUUGUCAAAAAAUCAUUUAACCUACAUCAACCAAGAAGCAUUCAAAAGUUUACACAAACUAACCCACCUUCUUCUGAAAAGCUGCAAAAUUGCAGUUAUUACCAAGGACAGUUUUUACCAUUUAUGGAAUCUGAGAUACUUGGAUGUUCAAGAGAAUAGCAUAUCAUUGGUGAAGAGUAAGUCCUUUAAAGAACUGAAUAGGCUUGAGACACUUUUAUUGUCAGGAAAUAAAAUUCAAACAGUACAGAAGUUUGGAUUAGAAGGGCUCAAGGCAUUGAAGACUCUUUCUUUAUCUAAUAAUAUUAUUUACAGAUUCACAGAUAAUAUUUUUACAGGGUUAACAUCUCUGAUACAUUUGAAUAUAAGCAGAAACCAAUGGUCUUUUAAUAAAUAUGAAUCUACGAGACCAUUUGAGAUGCUUAAAGUCUUGGAAAUAUUAGAUAUAAGCUACCAGGUUCGUCGUUAUGAAGACAGUGUCCCAGAAACACUGUUUGAAGGCAUGGGUUCUCUUAAAAAACUGGACAUGAGCGGUAUUUCAGUCUCUCUUUUCAAAAAUGUCUCAUUUUCUCAUUUAACAAAUUUGACUGAUUUGGAUUUGUCAGAAACCCUUCAUGAGUUAGAUCAACAUGCCACGGUUGCAUUUAUUCACAAUUUUUUACAAAUAAGAUACCUUAAACUUGACAAUAACAAAAUCAAAGACCUACCAGAAGAUACAUUUGCUAAUUUCAGAUUCUUAGAGAACUUAUCAUUGAAGAACAACAAACUUAGAAACAUUAGUCAGGACCUUCUCAUGCCAUUGACUAACUUAAAUUAUUUUGAUGCCUACAUGAAUCCCCUUUCCUGUUCCUGUGAAAACUAUUGGUUCCAGAAUUGGUCACAAUUAAACCCUGACGUGCAAGUACCCUUCAUACAAUCAUACAGUUGUUUUGGCCAAGUAGCACAUGACUUGAAUUUUGUAAACCAGGACCUCAGCUUUUGUGGAACUGAUAUCUCUGUGUUCUUUUUCCUCGGAAGUUUUAGUCUAACUUUACUAUUCAUAGUGACAAGCCUUGUGAUGGUGAAGCUGAAGUGGUCUAUGCAUUACUUUUACCACAUGGCCAGAGUGUGGUGUGAAUGGAAGCUACAAAAGGAACACAAAAUUUACAAGUAUGAUGCUUUCAUUUCAUACUGCUCCGAUGAUGAAGAGUGGGUCAUGAAGGAAUUGUUAUUACACUUGGAAUGCAAGGGCAGAAGGAAAUUUAAAAUAUGCUUCAGACCUAGAGAUUUUAUUCCUGGAGUAUACCAUAUUGACAAUAUUCAGGAUGCCAUAAAUAAUAGUCGUAAAACCCUAUGUGUAAUCAGCAGAAACUACCUGGAAAGCCAGUGGUGCAGACUGGAGAUUGAAAUGGCUUGUUCUAAAGUUUUCUACCAAAGAGAGGAUGUACUGCUUGUGGUAUUUUUGGAAAAUAUUCCUGAUUACAGACUUUCCGGCUACCACAAGCUAAGGAAGUUGAUCAAGCAGAAUACAUACAUUAACCUUCCUGAAGAUCCUCAGGGCCAUGAAUUGUUCUGGCUCAAGCUGCGGAAAGCAUUAGACGUCAGGGUAUAUGAAGAGGACGGUAUCCAGCUUUCUGUAGCUAAUUGAUCAUGUUCAUGCUAUCAACUGGACUUUUAUAAUACAUUGCAAUUAAACAUACAGAUAUGCUGCUAUUUUAUUCACAAGUAUUUUUACACAUGAAAAUGAUAAAAAGAAAACCAAAAGAUGAACACAGCUUGAAAGUGUAUAGCAGAACUUGGCACUGAGGACAGGAGCCCCGGGUUUUCUACUGACACACUGGGUCUCCUGCAAUUAUUUCUGCCUUUCAAGAUAUUACAAACAUACUUACAAUGAACCUGAACUCCAAAUAUGAAGGUUUGCUAUGUUAUGGGGGAACAUUUAAAAGAUAACGUGUGCCUAUGCAGUACCCUGAAAAAUCUACCUUUAGUCUUGCAUUCCUACUGAAAAAAAAAGCAGGACCAUUCCUGGUAUGUGAGGGUGUCUGCUCACUGUGCUCCCUCCUGUUGGCUCUGUCAUGGGGAAGCAAAACCCUGCCUCUACCAAGAUGCAUGGCUCCCUCCACACAGAGACAUGCAGAACAAGGCAUUGGUAAGCCAGUAAUGGGGGAAGAACAGUUGUAGGGAGACAACAGGCAAAACCUGUGACUAGUCCAUUGCCCUCUGCCUGCAUUUUUUUAAAGCCCUGCUUCCAGAGUUUAGUAUAUCCUUAAGUAUUUGUUAAACUUAGGUUGUAAAUAUUUUUAGUGUAUGCAAUCUACACUAAUAACUUUAUUCAUAGUUCUUUUGAUUUAUACUAGGUAAAACAUUUAAAAAAAAUUGCAAUAUAUGAUCAACAAGCUACUAGUUUAAUUUAAAAAUGAAUAUUUACUUUUUACUGAAAAAAGGGGAUCUUAACCAUUUCACGAUAAAUGAAUUACUUAAUAUGCUCCAUAUCAUCACCACCUGUUAGAUACUAGUAUGACUUCAUUAGUAUGACUAGUAUGACAAUAGCUCAGUUUUCCAAAUGAAUAGCUAGGAACAGAACAGCUGAAAUAAAUUCGUUAGGAUUGGAUUACAUUUAUUCAUAUAAAAAACAGCAAAUUAUAAAUACACAGGCUAGCUGUUACUAAUGAGUAGGGAUGAGCCCACGGUUUGAGUCAUCGGUUAUUCGUUUGUUCUAAAACGAAGCGAACAUAUAAAGGCUUUAGCUGGAAUUUCGAGCGCCGCAGAAUGCCUCAUAAUGUACUGCGAGAUUGCUUUGUGAACUGGUGCGCAGUCAUGUUGAAACAGGAAGAGGCCAUCCCUAAACUGUUCGCACAAA